AAAUGUCAUCCAGAAAAAUCAUCGACGAAAAUUAGACUGUUGUUCUUGUGCAGUUCUGUAAUUUUCAUUGCUCCCAAAGAUUUUCAAUUUUUUGCAAAGUUUGUCGUUGCAAAACUGUUCUAGAAAAAACAAAAACUCUCACUACUCCGUAUGAGUAUUAAUAUGUGAAAUAUGGUUUUACUAAAUUCCACGCGUUUAUUAUGACAGCAUCCCGAAAAACAUAGUUUUCAAUGGCAUUACUCAGCGACCCUGAAAAGAACUGCUGAGUAGUAUCACUUCCUUCCGUUCCGCUGGAAAACAACCGCUUGACCAGCAACAAAAUGCCUUGUGAAAGCUGCAACGUCCAAUUUGGUUUAAUAGUGAGAAAAAAAUCCUGCAACGAAUGUCGGCGAUUGUUUUGCAGGAAUUGCCUGGAAAAGCGCGGAGAACGUAUUCUUUGUAGCAAUUGCUUGAUCUUAACGAAACGACCAAUUUCGAGGGUGGAUCUUGGCCAGCUAAAGGUGAAGGAUUUGAUAUUUUAUCUUCAAUCGAAACACAUUUCUACGUCUGGCUGCGUGGAAAAGGGAGAUCUAAUUAAUCUUAUAGUUGCCCAUGUAAACUCUGGUGCGAGCAGUCCACGGAGUCCUGCCGGAAGCACUGGUAGUGGGAACGGUGGAUUGUUCAAUUUUAGCUCCGCUUCUUCCACUGGGGAUAGCAGCCACAAUGGGGGCAGAGGAAACCAUUCGGGCAGUUCUUCGAGAUACGGAAAUCUGUAUUCUGCCAGCGCUGAAAAUUGCGCAAAUACAUUCGAUCAAAUUAAGAAUACUUGUCAAAAUCUGUUUUCGACUAUUACGGAGAAAUUGAGCACCGAUAUUCCCAAGCCUACUCAUUUUGGUCCGCGCUUUUCCCAUUCUUCCACUGACGAAAAUAUUCCAACGCGCGGUCAAUCGGAAACGAACGUUUCGCAGCAGCCCCGAUUCGGUGCUAAUGAUGUGUAUCGCCAACAAGAAAACGGAAGGACAACCAAUGGUUCACAAUCCCUCCGUGAUAACGGUGUAACUGUGCCAAACGAGCGUGUCUUUUCGCCGACCAACGGCAGCAAUAAUGGCAGUAGCGGACUGACAAGUGGAGCCGAUUCCAGUGGCAAUACCUCAUCUGUUUCUUCACCGGAACAUCAAAAACCCCGUUCGAGCUCAGGUGCAGGCGUUGGCAAGCCAUCGUUCGAGACGAGAAUAGACGAUAUGCUUGCUUCGGAUGCGAAUCAUGGAGGCUGUGAAUGUUCCGAUGAAGAGACUGAUGCCGCAUUCGCAGAAACUCCUCGCCGGAAAGAAUCCAGGAAAGCGGCCUCGGAAGAUAAUUUAUUCACCGAACCGGGGACAAGCCAAAGCGAAUCUGGGUACCGAAUGGGGACUGGAAAUGAGAAAGAACCUUUUCCUCCGUUUGAGGAACUGAAUGCCGAAUGUGUUUUCUCGAUGUCGGGCGCUUCGAAUGCUGCGAACAAUCGGAAAAUUUCUGUCAAUUUGAACUCAACUGGUCACAACAAACAUCUUCACACAGUCGUUAAUGCAUCGGUGAUGACUGAGACCGAUGGCAUAUCAUGCAGUCUUAACUCAAAAGUGAUUCCUGAAGGGAUUCCUCCCAGCAUUGUUGCUUCACCAAGUCGAGUGCAAAGACGGCGCUCGGAUAGUUUUCUGAUAGCACUUAUGCACACGGAAAGCUCGGCAACCGAGCUGGAACUGGAAACGACUGCUCACUCUAGUCAAGUCACGGUGCCCAAUAAGUGCUGCAAGUGUGGUAAACGACGCAACGGAAUCCGCAGACAGUUGAAGAAAAUCCGGAAACAGCUCCAGACAACAUCGAUUCCAGAGGUAGACAAACGUAGACAGCUGGAGGCAUUUCUUAGCUAUCUGGAGCGAAGAAGCAAAGGUUCGCUGGAACUGUCCGAUACGGAGUCGAUAACUGAAGAUGCGAGCAUCAGUGUAGCCGAUCCAGCUGCCGAGGGGAUCGCUUCCAGUUCCUCGUGGACUGGUGGCCCUGAAGAUUCAAUGAUGGGCGGAAUCCAGCAGCAACAUUCCAACUAUCCGCAGGCGGAACGGGUAGCGCCAGAGCAGAUUAAUGUGUACUCUACCGGCAAUCAAGAACUGGCCAGCAUGAGUCACAUCAAACUGAGUGAUAUCAAAGAAAGCGCUGACCUCGAUGUACUUUCGGUAAAGCAGCUCAAGGAAAUUCUGAUGCUGAACCGUGUCGACUUCAAAGGUUGCUGUGAAAAGCCGGAGCUGCGAGAACGUGUAUUGAGGCUGUGGCGUGACUACAAAUCUAUCCCAUCUAUCGAAAAGUUGCCGUCGGAUGAUUUGUGCAAAAUUUGUAUGGACGCACCCAUCGAGUGUGUGAUACUGGAGUGCGGCCACAUGACAACCUGUACGGCAUGCGGCAAAGUGCUUAGCGAGUGUCCCAUCUGCCGGCAGUACAUCGUGCGGGUUGUACGAUUCUUCCGUGCGUAACCCGGUGGACUUCGGGCGGAAUAAACCAUUUGCUCAACACAGAGAACAAGUCAAAAUUAUGGUUAAUGAAUAUGUGAUUCAAAAUUAAAACACUUGGAACGAAAACAAAACAAUAAAAACAUCGGAUAGUUUACGAAGGGGGAUGGAUCGGCCGGCCAAGCACCGUGACUAUUAUUAGAUGAGCUUUGCAGGAGUUGCGUGUAAAAUAUUGUAGAUAGCAGAAUGUGAACGAAAUGUACUUUUGCCAGUACCUCUAUACUAUAAUCUAGCAGUUGUUGCAACUUGUUACUACUUUCCUCUAUUUCCUAGCGCUGCGUGAUAAAGUAGGUUGUAUGAGAUGUAACACUAGAAUACAAAUAAUUUGGAUUUUUGCUGGAUUUCCCAUUCCUGUCAAACUUUUGUUCAAUACUAUCAGACUUUUUCAAUCACACAUCGAUGUUAUUUAUUUUAACAUAUAUGAAAACCAUCCUUUAAUGGUUGAGCCGACAUUCGGAACGACUCAAUAUAGCAAUGUUUUCUAAUAUUACCAGCAAUUACUACUAGUUAUGUUAAUCGAAAAUGUUUCCAAGUUUUACGUACUAUGAUCCAAAGUUUGGAACGUUCAAAACGUGUUGAAUAAACAGUACAAACUUUAAUAA